GCCAGUUUUGCUCGCCUGCUUCCUUUCCUCCCCCCACCUUUUUUUCCCUUGCGUUUGCGAUCAUAAGGAGAUCACCACGACAAAAAGCUUCCCUUUCACACAGCUCAUUCACUGCUUCUACUGAAGCUUGACUUACUUCGCGAGCAAUCGCUCUCUUCCAACGGCAAGCCAAACGUUCUGCAGCCUCGUCUUUGGCUGCCUUACUUCUCUAGUGGGAGCCCCUCGCAAAAAGAACAACUACCUCACCUUGACUUCAAUCAAGAAGGCAAUCAACAACAAUGGAGGACAACAGCGACACCUCCCUCCCUACCUCUCGCGUCGUCGUGGAUCGCGCCACAGCUUCAACCAUGGGUUCUGGCAGUGACCAGCCCAAAAACCUCAUCACCCCUCGCGCCGCGCUCACCACCUCCUCAGCAACCACCCACAAGACACGCGCCCCCGUCACCAGCACCAGCGUCUUUGUCACCUUCGAGACAGAGACCAUCACUUUCCACCCGGGCGGCUCUGUCGCUCACUCCUCUUCGCCGGUGCCGACAACCCUCGUCACCACCACCUCCGCUGCCUCUCCCACGCCCGAGGAGACAACUGGCUCCGCGGCUUCUAAGACCGGCACCGGCGGCUCAAAGGCAGCAGCCAUCGGCGGCGCAGUUGGCGCUACAAUCUUUGGUCUCUUGCUGAUCGGUCUUCUGGCCUUCUGUCUCUUCCGCCGCCGCCGCAUUGAACGCCAGGCAAAUUUCUACUCCACGCCCACCACCAUCACUGCCAACGGCCGCAGCAGCACCGUCCGCGGCAGCGACGGACGUUUUUACCGCCUCGAGAACAUACCGCUCGCGUCUCUCGGGAAGUCCAAGCAAACCAGGGGUGAACAGGACGAGACGGCAGGGGCAGGAGAUGAAAGAGUCCCGGGCCAGAUGCUCAUCGAAGUCGUGCCGGCCGCUGAGGGGGAUAGGGGCCCGAGGUUGAGGACUGUUUGCGUCGCUCCUGCGCCUGCUCCUGCUCCUGCCCCGCAUCAGGGGCGGGUGCUGGUGCCGGUGCCCUCGCCGGUGUCGCCGGUACCAGCUUCGUACCCGCUCCUUGCUCCGCCGGCCCCUGCUCGCCCGCUCCGCAACGUGAGCUCGUCUGUUUACUCCAAGCCGUCGCGGGAGGAUGUGGCGUCCAAGUUCUCUGAGGAUUCGUACGAGGUUGUCAACAACGGCAGCGGCAACACCGUCUGGCCUGCUCCCCUUUUUGCUUCUCCUGCUCCGGGCCAAGCUCAAGCUGCCCCUGCCGCCGCCACCGCUGGCAAUCCCGGCCCCUCGUCAUCAACCACGACUCCCCACCCGGAGGACAGAGGCGGCCCCAGCCAGAUGUCCACCUACGUCGAACCCCCCUCGCAAAGCCGCUGGUCGCCCAGCACCCCUACCUCGGACGGGAGCGAGGAGGGCCUGACUAGUCGGCUGGGCCAGCAAGUUGCGCAAGUCGGCGAGAAGCUGGCUGAUAAGUGGAAGGAGACGAAGCAGGGAUGGAAGGGUUUGUUGCUUGGUGCCGCCGGCUCGAAGGAGGAGAAGAAGCCAAGCAAGGAGGAGAAAGGCAAGGGCAAGGCUAGGGACAGGGCGGAGAUUGUGGUUGAUCCGGUUAAUAGGGGCGCUCCGGGCUGGAUUUGAGGGAGGAGGACUGGAGGGAAGAGGUCUGGUCUGGUCUUGAUCGUGGCUGGAUUUUGUGGAAGACUCCCGCUGAGUCUCUCAGUAACCAUGCCGAAGCAUGGGGCUGAAGGGCUUUCAUUCUGGUGGAAGGUGUUUGCGGUUUGGUAUGAUCUGGUGAGUUGGAGCUUGAGGAGAGAUGCGAGCUUAAGAUGCCCUGGCUCAGCUGUACGACCUACGGGUUGGGGUUGAGGGGACUCGCGGAGAGAAGGAAAGAGAUGAGCAUGAUACCCAAGUGUUGAUAUUAUGCAUGGCAUGGCGCAUGGCGUUGGUCGGGGAUACCUCUGGGUCUGAGAGCUUUGCAUGGAAUGGAGUUAUUGCUUUCACACGGUCUUGUUCUUUUCAUGUAAUGACAUAUGAGAUACGCUGGUUUGGUCUUCGGCGUCAUCGUCAGUAGUGGCGUCAGUAAUUUGAAGAAGC